UGCAAGUUUGACAGAAGUUUGAAUCGGGCUCGAGGGCUUUUUGCAGGCGGCGGAGCUGUGGCAGCCGGAGGGCUCGCUCGAGCGGCGGCAGCAGCGCCCCCAGUACCCCAACCGGGCAAGCCUGGAUCCCGGCCCGCCGACUCGUGGUCACCGUCCAAGACUGCCUACAAGCUGCCCCGCGAGCCGCCAGCCUCCAGGUCAGCCCUAGCCUCAGCCCCAGCCCCAGCCCCAGCCGCCUGUCCAGGAGGUAGCUGAGCAGCGAGACCUGCCACCGCUCCGGCAGCAUGUCCACGACAGAGAGCUCAGGCCGGUCUGCGGACAAGGAUCCCCGGCAGCAGGUGGACCGGCUCCUCUCGGGGCUGCGAUGGAGUCGGCUGGAGGAGCCUCUGGGCUUCAUCAAAGUUCUCCAGUGGCUCUUUGCUAUUUUCGCCUUCGGGUGUUGCGGAUCCUACAGCGGGGAGACAGGGGCAACAGUGCAAUGCAACAACGAAGCCAAGGACGUGAGCUCCAUCCUUGUUUUGUUCGGCUAUCCCUUCAGGUUGACCCGGGUCCAGUAUGAGAUGCCCCUCUGUGACGAAGAGUCCAGCUCCAAGACCAUGAGCCUCAUGGGAGACUUUUCCGCCCCUGCCGAGUUCUUCGUGACCCUGGGGAUCUUCUCCUUCUUCUAUGCCAUGGCUGCUCUGAUUCUUUACCUCCGGUUCCACAACCUGUACACUAAGAACAAGCGUUUUCCCCUGGUGGACUUCUGUGUCACGGUCUCCUUCACCUUCUUCUGGUUGGUGGCAGCGGCAGCAUGGGGCAAGGGCCUGACGGACGUGAAGGGAGCCACCCGGCCUUCUAGCCUGAUAGCCGCCAUGUCCGUGUGCCACGAGGGGGAGGUUGUCUGCAGCACGGGGGCCACCCCCUCCAUGGGGCUUGCCAACAUCUCUGUGCUCUUUGGCUUCAUCAACUUCUUCCUGUGGGCCGGGAACUGUUGGUUUGUAUUCAAGGAGACCCCGUGGCACGGCCAAGGCCAGGCCCAGGACCAGGGUGCCAGCCAGGAGAGUGCAGCUGAGCAGGGCGCGGUGGAGAAGCAGUAAUUAGCCUUCUGCCCUCUCCUGCCCACCUCCCGACGGACAGCACCUCCUCCCCCGGCUUCUUCGGCUUCCUUCCAGGACUUCCCUACUCUUAUACCUCUCCCCUCCUUGCUGAUUCUUCUGGGCUGGGUGCUUGGGGACAAAGGAUGGGCUGGCGCCCAACUCUCUCCUGGGGGCAGUUGUCCCUCUGAGCUCUCCAUCUCUUCCCCUCUCUUCACAGGCAGGGUCCCAGGCUGGGCAGGAACUCAGCUCUGUGUUUUCUGCCCUGCUCGGUGGUCCUCCUCGUCUCCUAGCUGAAUUUGAGGACCAGGGUCCUGCUGAACAGGGGCAGGUGGGAGGACGGGGAGGGGCACACAGCAACACUAAGGCCUGUUCCCCUUAGCAUCUUCAGGGAAUGGCCCAGCCCAGCUCCAAUAAUGAAGGGUUGGGGGAAGGAGAAAGGUACAGAAAAGGUGCUGGAUGGUGGAUUCUCCCUCAGAUGCAAGGGCCCGGCAGUGAUUUGUUUGCCUUUUAUCAGCUGUGGAGGGCCAGAUUCUCUGUGUCCCCUAUAUCAAACAAGGUUCCCGUUACUUCCAUCCACCUCUCAGGUCUCUUGUUUCCCAGGGGCCAAUCGGUCCAUACUGUCACCCAGGCAGGUCCCUGGGCCUUCUACCUUUCCCUUCCCCUGGGUCCAUCUAUUUGUGCAGAUCACGAGAGGCAAAGGCCGUGGAAGGAGAGCUGGCUAUUUCCUCCCUGCCUAGACAGAUAGGAACACGGGGUCCUGAACACACAGAGUUCUGGCAGGAACAACUCUUUGUAUGUUGGGAGGUGGGGGAGGUGUAGGAGAGGGGGAAGAAGGCUGGCCUAGAAAAUGGACUGUUCUUUAGUCAUCCCUGCUGAGGCCUGCAUUCUGUGUGGCAGAGGAAUUGUAUCUUGGGCCUCCUCCUCAGGAGCUUCAGUUCCAGAGACCCCUGCUUCUGAGGGAGCCCCUUCCCUGGGAUGGGUGUUCUCCCUAAACUCAGAUGCUCUGUGCUAACUCCUCAUUCAGGCCAAAUUCACAAAGCGCCUACUGUGUGAAAUGUCAUCGUCCCUAUCCUCAGGGAGUUUUCAGUUUGUGAAGGAUGGGAUAAAACCCAGGCUGAGAUAAAGACAAUGUGAUAGAGGAAAAGAAAGAUUCAGAUCACAGUGACUUGAGAGACAGAACACUCCCAGACCCUCAUCUUGUCAGGCUCCCUUCCCAGUGCCUCGACUUCCAGAUUUGGACAUUUACUUGUGACACUGAUCAACGGGGACUGAUUGAAACACCAACAUUAUUCAGGCACUGACUGGGUACAGGCACUGUCACCAGAAGGCUCCCAGAGCUGCCUCAAAAUCUGCACUCCCCCGUCCCCAUCUUCAGCCACUAUCAGUGGGCUCCUUGCCUUGUAUUCAUAGCUCUGCCUAAUCCUUUCUUCCAUUCCUGUGACGAGGCCAGGUGGGAGGGGGUUUCCGAUGGGCCCAUGAGACAUGCCCAAGUAUACAUUCUAGGUUUCUCACACAGUGGGCUGGCCUGUUUCUCCCUUUUUGAGGCUUAUCUUCUUCCUCCCUCUCCUGUUUUACAUUUUUGCCCUCUCCAGCUUCCCCUCCUCCCUCAGGCCCUAUCCCCUUCCCCAAUCCAGAACAGGCCGAUGUUAUUGGUGCUUCAUCACUUCGGGACCUUAUGUUCAGCCAUGACCCAGUUACACACAUGCCUCUGUUUCCCCUCUUCCUGACAUUUCUAGUAACCCCUUUUGUCUCCCCAAGGCUCUGUGUAAAUGGCUCGUAACCAGAACUAACUGGUUCUCUGAGAGUCCUAGGCCGGGGUCUGCAGGAUGAUGACUUCUCCUGUUUUCCUCUUUUCUCCCACUCCCAACCAAGAAACUUCUGGAUUAAUUUUACUCUGUUAAUUGUCCAGGAGCCUAGAAGUCAGGACUCCUGGGUUCUAACCCAGAUGUUGUGAUCCCCCAGGUCGAUCCUUUUCUCUUGAAAUGACCCCACCUAUGAAAGUACAAUAGAGCCUUUUGUGUGGGGGAAGAAUUUGGGGCUCUGAGAAUUGUUCUUUUCUUGACUUGGGAAGAGGUUUGGAGAAGGGAGAUAAAAGAGACUGGAAGAGGGGAUUGUCCCCAGGCUCAAUCCUGGCCCAAGCUGUCCCCACAUACGUUUAGGACACUUGUGGAUGGCUCUGACUUCAGCCCCAGAGCCUCUGACAAGGAAUAGCAAUGGAAUCUUCUUUCACUUUUUUUCAAGCUAGCCCUAGUGGGGGGGCUCUGUAAGCAGUGUCUACUGUGAUUUUGUUUGGAUCCUGUGUUAUGUAUUUAUUUAUUUGAAAUGUGAGAGAUAAAAAUGUUCCAAUGAGCUGGCUGCAUUCAGCACCUGACCCUUUACCAGGGAAGUGGGGUGUGCCAAGAAUCCCCCACCCAUUUCUUUACUGCAUGGAGGCCAGCUUUCUCCUGGCCCCUCACUCAGGUCCCACUGAUGGGAGUCACAACACCCGUGGACUCUGCCAGGCAUCUAGUGAUCUUGGAGAAAGUCCUUCACUUCUCUGGGAAGCCUUAGUUUUACUGUCAUCUCUAAAAUAAGAGGGUUAGACUAGAUAAUCUCCAAAGACUCUUCCCCCUAAGUCUAUUAUCUCAGGAGCUCCCUGGGGUCACUUCAGUGGCUGAUUUGAUCUUAGCUAGAAUAGCCUAAUUUGGUCUCUUUGUGUGGCUGCCUUGUUCUCUCCCUGUGGUCAUCCCAAGGGAAUGAUCGCCUCAAUUUUUUUUAUUACCUCCAGGAGGGGGACAGGACCUCACCGUCCUGGGCUCACCCCUCAGGACUGUUGUCCUUUGGAACCAAGGGUCCCUGCUUUGCAUAGCGGCGAGUGAGGAAGCCACAGGCAGCGUUGGGGCCAAUUCUCCGGUUGCUGCUGCAAGAGGUCAAGCAUGCUGGAGAGUUGGUCAGCUGGGCCUUUUGCCCUAGGACCCUGUCUGGGUGCCUCACAUAGGCCCUUUCCUGGGAUACGAAGCCCCUGCCCUUCUAUUUCAAGGGAGUGAUGUUGCAUGUUUUCGGUGCUUGUUACUACAGCUUUAAAUAAACAGUUUGCCAUUGAA